AUGGAUGGAAGCAAAAGCAAAGGGAAAAACAUCCGAUACUAUAACGAAUUAAUGGAAUUACAACCAGAUAAAGCGACUUUAAUGAAAUUUAUCCAAAAUGGACAAGCUGAGUUUAUUGAACACGAAAUCGAUUCGGAUUUAAUUCAAAGCAAGAGUCAACGACAACUUCCCGUAUCAAAAGGCGUUGGUGAUAUCGUAAUAAGUGCAACAGUAAAUCAAACAUCAACAAUAUGGAUAAAAGCAACAAGAGUUGGCACAGAUACUACACAAUCAACGUGUCCUCGUGCGAUGGGUCUUGCUUCACCAACUACGAUCAUGGUAGGCACAGGAAUAGCAGCAAAACUUGUAAUCUUGAUAAAAGGAGAAGCGAUUGAACUAACAACAAAAUGGAUAUCCAUUGGAAAUGUGAACAAUUAUCAAUGCGAAUUAUCGCUUAACAACGUGACACUAGAGGCUGUUACAGAAGUGCCUGGUAAAGGACUCGAAGCAAGAGUAAAAGUUGAUUUCGUACCCCCGAACUUUUUCACUGCAAAUUAUAAUCCAGUAAUUUCUGGUUCGGAUUCAAACCGCGACACCUCAGUAUCUUACAACGUGUUUAUCGGAAAUGAAAGAUGUGGUUCUUCAAUCGUGUUGGUUGGAUUGAGAAAGUUAUCGGAGAAGAAAGAUGGAUUGAUAUUGGCGCAGUUUGCUGUAGCGGAUACACCGAGACCAGAUGCAGCGAAAACUGUUGCAGCAUUGAAAUCAUGA